CACGUGGGGUGUGGGGAUUUACAGCAACUUCAGUAACCAAGUGACUCAGUCAUGUUGUUCUUUGGUUGUCACAACAUAAAUGAGUACGAAAAUUGCACAAAUGGCGGGUUUGAAGUUGAUAGAAGGGUAUUCAUCGAGUUCAGAUGAUGAUGAUGAUGACGUCUCUCGUCCAGAGACUGUAGACAAGAAAAUUAACUUGAACAGUUUGCCUUUACCAAAGUUUGCUCCAGUUGGAACAGGUGUGGAGCAUUACGAGACAAUUGUUGAUAAUCCAGAAGAACAUGAUGGACGAGUUAGAUCGUUCAAACAUGAACGAGGGAAUUGGGCGACACUUGUUUAUGCUGAUUACAAACCGAGUGAAGCUCUCCAGUCCUGGAUGACAUCAGUAAAUACGAUAAUCCCUGCAGGUACCCUGAUCCUCAAUGACUCUCAUCUGAGCUUCAGUCGCACAUUGAUCCUAAAAUACCACUGGAUCGAAUCAUUCGUAGAGAGUCUCCGAGACCUCACCAGAUCAACCCCAAAAUUCAACCUUCAAAUAACAAACGUAAAAAUCUACUGCAACGAGGGGAGAACCAGAACAUUCCUCGGUCUCGAGUGUCAAUGCCUCGAUCAAACCGUCACACAUUACAUGACUUCAUUGAAUAAACUACUAUCAGAAUAUCAGCUGCCUCCUUUCUACGAGGACGCAUCCUAUCACAUAAGUUUUUUGUGGCUCCUCGGAGACAAAGAAGAGGACCUAAAAAAACUAAUUCCCACUCUCAACGAAAGCCUAUUCGAUAUACUUUCAAAACAUUUUGAAAAUAGUUACAUAAAUAUUGAACAUAUUCAUUGUAAAGUAGGUAACAAAUUGUACAAAUGGCCACUGAGGUAACACUGAAAAAAUAAAAUUGAGAAAAAAAGAAUAGAA